AUGUCGCUUGUUGAUUUGCUGAAGAAGCAAGCUUUGCAGGAUGACGAGAUGCUGUCCCUCAACGCCCUGCUGAUGCAAGCAGUUGGCGAAGGAAACUAUGGCCUCUACGAGCUUGCUUGCGAUAAAAAGCUGUCCUGCUUCGAGCCCGAAGCGAAAGGCCAUCUCGUGACUGGCCUCAAUUUCCACAAAUACUAUUUCGACCUGAAGGAGCAGAUGACGAAGGGUAAAAAAAGAAAAGCCUCGGACUCUGUCGACGAGGAGGAGACAGCCAGCAAGCUGACCACCCAGUCGACCAUGUCCUCGCCAAAUAUUACAUGGCUUUGUCAGCGCCAGGCUGCCAUUGUUUGCUUUAAGCGGUUGGUGCAAUCUGGUACCAACACCGUGGCUACCGAGGAGACCCGAGUGUGGGAGUUCUCGAGUGACCUGAAGCAGUGGAAGAUGAUGCACUUCCAUCGCUCGUCUGGCUGA